GAAGAACGGAGUUGCUGCAAUAAGCCACACACAAUCCAAAUCCUAAUUGAAUAUGGCAGCUUCCCAGUCUGCUGCUGUUCUAUAAGAAACGCUGUGGCUGUUGUGCUCUUAAAACCCCUUUUGUCAAGCUCAUGGAAGUAUCUUCUGAUCCUUAUUUACCAUACGAUGGGGGAGGAGACGGCAUUCCAUUAAGAGAGUUGCAUAAAAGAGCUGCAGGAACUCAUUAUACAAUGACAAAUGGAGGCAGUAUUAACAGUACAACACAUUUAUUGGAUCUCCUUGAAGAGCCCAUUCCUGGAGUUGGAACCUAUGAUGAUUUCCACACAAUUGAUUGGGUGCGAGAAAAGUGCAAAGACAGAGAGAGACACAGAAGGAUCAAUAGCAAGAAAAAAGAAUCAGCAUGGGAAAUGACAGAAAGUUUGUAUGAUGCAUGGUCAGGAUGGCUGGUUGUGACACUAACUGGAUUGGCAUCAGGUGCUUUGGCUGGAUUGAUAGAUAUUGCUGCAGAUUGGAUGACUGAUUUAAAGGAAGGCAUUUGUCUCAGUGCCCUGUGGUUCAAUCAUGAACAAUGUUGCUGGGGAUCUAAUGAAACAACAUUUGAAGAAAGAGAUAAAUGUCCAUCAUGGAAAACAUGGGCAGAAUUAAUAAUUGGUCAAGCAGAGGGACCAGGUUCCUAUAUAAUGAACUACAUAAUGUACAUUUUCUGGGCUUUGAGCUUUGCUUUCUUAGCAGUUUCUUUGGUGAAGGUGUUUGCACCUUAUGCUUGUGGAUCAGGGAUACCAGAAAUCAAAACAAUAUUGAGUGGCUUCAUCAUUAGAGGGUACCUGGGCAAGUGGACACUGAUGAUUAAAACAGUCACUUUAGUCUUGGCUGUAGCCUCAGGCUUGAGCUUAGGGAAAGAAGGCCCUUUGGUACAUGUUGCCUGUUGCUGGGGAAACAUCUUUUCGUACCUCUUCCCCAAGUACAGCACAAAUGAAGCAAAGAAAAGAGAGGUAUUAUCUGCUGCUUCCGCAGCUGGAGUAUCAGUAGCAUUUGGUGCCCCAAUUGGAGGAGUUCUUUUCAGCCUAGAAGAAGUCAGUUAUUAUUUUCCAUUGAAGACUUUGUGGAGAUCAUUUUUUGCUGCUUUGGUGGCUGCAUUUGUUUUAAGAUCCAUCAAUCCGUUUGGAAACAGUCGUCUGGUUCUUUUCUAUGUCGAAUAUCACACUCCAUGGUAUCUAUUUGAACUAUUGCCCUUCAUUCUUCUGGGUGUAUUUGGUGGACUGUGGGGAGCAUUUUUCAUCCGUGCCAACAUUGCUUGGUGCCAUCGACGGAAAUCAACCAAAUUUGGAAAGUAUCCAGUUCUUGAGGUUAUUAUUGUAGCAGCAAUAACAGCUGUCAUUGCUUUUCCAAACCCCUAUACCAGAGUAAAUACCAGUGAGCUAAUUAAAGAACUUUUUACAGACUGUGGGCCUUUGGAAUCAUCCUCCCUUUGUGAUUAUCGAAAUGACAUGAAUGUCAGUAAAAUAGUAGAUGACAUUCCUGACCGUCCAGCAGGCACUGGAGUAUAUUCAGCAAUAUGGCAGCUGUGCUUAGCUCUUAUAUUUAAGAUUAUAAUGACAGUCUUCACUUUUGGUAUUAAGGUUCCAUCAGGCUUGUUCAUACCCAGUAUGGCCAUUGGAGCAAUAGCUGGCAGAAUUGUUGGAAUUGCUGUGGAACAAUUGGCUUAUUAUCAUCACGACUGGUUUAUCUUCAAGCAGUGGUGUGAAGUUGGAGCAGAUUGCAUAACUCCGGGCCUCUACGCUAUGGUUGGUGCUGCUGCAUGCCUAGGUGGAGUGACAAGGAUGACUGUAUCUCUGGUGGUUAUUGUAUUUGAGUUAACAGGGGGACUAGAGUAUAUCGUACCCCUUAUGGCUGCAGUAAUGACGAGCAAGUGGGUUGGAGAUGCUUUUGGCAGAGAAGGCAUCUAUGAAGCACACAUACGUCUGAAUGGAUAUCCUUUUUUGGAUGCCAAGGAAGAAUUUACUCAUACAACCCUGGCUGCUGAUGUCAUGAGACCUCGAAGAAAUGAUGCCCCAUUGGCAGUAUUAACACAGGAUAAUAUGACUGUGGAUGACAUUGAAAAUUUGAUCAAUGAAACCAGCUAUAAUGGUUUUCCUGUAAUAAUGUCAAAAGAAUCCCAAAGACUAGUAGGAUUUGCGCUAAGGAGAGAUUUGACUAUUGCAAUAGAAAGUGCCAGAAAGAAACAAGAAGGCAUUGUUGGCAGUUCCAGAGUCUGUUUUGCCCAGCAUACAUUAUCACUUUCAGCAGAAAGUCCUCGACCUUUGAAGCUUAGGAGCAUUCUUGAUAUGAGCCCUUUUACAGUUACGGAUCACACACCAAUGGAGAUUGUGGUGGAUAUAUUCCGCAAACUGGGCCUAAGGCAGUGUCUUGUAACACACAAUGGGAUUGUCUUGGGAAUCAUCACAAAGAAGAACAUAUUAGAGCAUCUCGAGCAACUAAAGCAGCACGUCGAACCCUUGGCGCCUCCUUGGCAUCAUCACAAAAAAAGAUAUCCUUCGACACAUGGCCCAGAUGGCAAACCAAGAUCCCGCAUCAAUAAUGUUCAACUGAACUCAAUAACUGAGGAGAGAGAGGAAAGUGAAGAGAAGGUUCAUUUGCUGAACAGUACAACACUUUAAUAUAAGGCAUAGUUUUGUGAUGCAAAAGAAAGGCUGGAUUUUUUUUAAAGUAAACUGCUGGAACUUAGGAGUUGAUUUAGGAAAAUGUGGUUUUACAAAGUAAGAAAGAUGAAGAAAACAAAAACUGAAAACCUGCACUGGAUGCACUCUGAAAUGUUAGAUCUGCCAUGAUAGUGCAGUUGGACGUUACAUCAAUUCAUAAGAACUUCAUAAGCUCCAGUUUGGACCUUGCUGCUUUAGCAUGAAAGAAAUUGAUGAUUAGUUCCUGUUUCUGAAUCACAUUGAAUUGAGCUGUCCUUUGAAAACUGUAAGAUUUGGUCCAUUUUACCAUAGACCGUUGUUGGGUUAAUUCAUGAAAUGUAUAGUUAUUCCGCAUUACCUGUUUACAUUCCAGAAGAACAUUUCUCUCUCCUGAGCCCCAACUGAUACUCCUUACAAUUGAUGCAUUUUAUUGAAAUGGUGGUUUCUCAUAUUGAGAUGUUCUGUGACCUGCUGAAUUUGAUGACAAGAAGGAAGUAUUUCUUGUGCCAUUUAAGCUUAAGACUUUGGAUAUUAUAAAAGUCUUGUGACAGUUUAAUCUACUGCAAGAAAAAUAGAUUGAGCAGGUUAAUAAACGUGGGUGAAGCAUGUUAAACCCUGCAGUUUAGUAGUUGCAAGUUAAACAGCCAAAUAUGUUUAAACUAUGUUUCUGUUGCAAAAUAAUAACUGAGGCUUAUGCAAUUUUUGUACUAUUAAAAAUCCUAAGUUAUAUACCAAUUUUGUGAAAUGUAAAGAGAAUACUACUAUUCUAUUAAGAAUUGGAAUAAUUCUGUUUAAUUUCUGUUCGUUCAGUUUAAUUGUGUACCUGAUAGCAACUGCAUGUUCAAGCACUGGAGAAUAUUCCCCUUAAAUGAAAGUCUUUUUGUUUUUCAUACCUAUACCAAAUAAAGGUAGAAAAAUAUUAUAAUUUGCACUAAAUAUACAUAUCAUAGUUUUUGUUUCUACAGAUUAGGAUAUAUUAAAUAUAAAUGAGUCACACUAUUGAUUUUACUUUAAUGUUAUUUUUAUAUUCAAAAUCCUCCAUAAACUUGGCAAGUUUCUACUGAAAGGAUGUUUAUAUUUCUUUGUAACCCAUCCUGAUAACUUGAUUGCCAUCGUUUUAAGUUUAUUAAUGUUUAAUUAAGGGACUAAUUAUUAAUAGAACCUUAUUUGUAAAUAUUACAGAAUUUAAAAUGUUUAUUUUGAGGAAUUUUGAAGCGGUAAUAAUUGAUUUGAAAUGCAAUUGAGUUACUUGAAAAAUUCUGUAAUAAAUAAAUAAAUACAAGCCAAGAACUAUCAUAACAACUGGAUUUUACCAACCCUAAUAAAACUUUUUUGCAUUUUGAAUAUUCAUUUAUUAGGAGGUAUUGCUAAUACUUGAUAUGAGAUUUGAUUUACCUAAUAAAACUGAUAUACUGUAUAAAGUUCAUGAGUGAUGGGCAAUUAAAAAUUCUAAAAGUUGUACCAUCUUGAUAGCUAUUCAAAUAUUACUGAAAACAUGAAUUAGCGAUAAAAGUUUAGUUGUAUUAUAAGGUUUGUUUGCAUAGUAUGACUUCUGGUUUUUGUUUGCCCUUCCUACCUCUAUUGAUAAGUUUGUUUUGAAAGCAAAUUUCAAAACUAUUAUCAAAAUUGCACAGGAAGUCACUUUAAGGAGGCAAACAAAAUCAGAUGCUUUAUUCUAUGCAUGCAAACCCUUGUAACAAGGUUAUUUUUGUUGCCAAAGUAAAAUAGUCUGUACUUUUCCUGUAAAUCAUAUAAUCCAAAGAUACUGAUCCACAUCUUUGAAAAAAAAACCAUAUUUCAAAAGAUUACCAGAGUAAAAAUCAUGAAUCAGUACUGCAAACUGCUUUGUUAAACAGCCCAGAUAAUCUUACAUGGCUUUUCAGAAUGCUUGAGAAUGUUUCUCUGCAAUAAUUAAUUGUUCAUUGUGAUUAGGUACUUCAACACCACUUCAGAGAAAAUUAUAUUUCUGUGGCUAAACAAUGCAUUUUGGCACCUGUAUUCCUUUUAUAUUUAUAAAUUACCAUUAACUGAAUGUACCUUAUGUAUAAAUCUUGGGAUGCUUUUUCUCUAAAACUAAACAUGAUUUAAUCCUUCUGUUCUUUGUGCUAAUCAUGCAAAACUAAAAUGAUUUUUCCUGUAGCAUGUUUUUAAAACUUUUGUCUCGUUUCAAGCUCUCAUCUAUACACUUGGUUUGCCAUAGGCUCUCUACCAAAGUUGCCUAUUGUAUUAAUUUACAAUGCCCUUUGCGAUGUGAAAUCAACUCAUACCCCAGAUGUAUUUUAAUUUAGUAAUUCAUAUCUAUAGUACGAUCUAAUGUAGUGUUUUAUGUUCUUACCCAAUUUCUUACAAGCACAUAAAAUGUGACUCUGCUCAUAUAUUAGACAUUCUGAAAUUAGCAUGCCUGAGCAUUAAAAAAAAAAAGGAUUUACCUGGAAUAAUAUAAUAACACAGCCUUAUCUAUAUUGGAACAGAAUGGGAUGUCUGGGGGAGACACACUUCUUUUUUCUUGCUUGAACAGUUUAGUUACUGAUUAUGACCAUUGCACCUGUAAUAUUUCUAGAGCUGUAUUAAACAUUUAUCUUAGUGUAUUAAUUUAUACUGGUGUGGUAAAACUGCACUUCAUUACAGUAAAAUGAAGUUCUGUUGCUGUGAUGAUUUGAUUAGAAAAUGCAUUAAACAUUUCUGUAUGACUGUU